GAGUUUGCGAUUUUUUCAAUAGCCCAUUCUCGAUGUCUUUAAUAGCUUUAGAAAAAUGGAAAAGGGUGUUCAGAAUUAUUAAACAACAUGGAGGACCUAUAAAAUCCCUGAGUAAACUAUGGAGAACGGAUACGCUCAAGGAAGGCAAGCUGGUGGGCCGCGAUCUCCACGGUAACAGAUACUAUGAGAACGACUAUUAUCUGCUUGGGCGGAACCGUUGGGUAGAGUUUAACGACAAAGUGAAGUUCGAGUACGACGCUAGCCAGAUACAUCCAGAAUGGUACGGAUGGCUGCACUACGUGACGGACUGUUUGCCGUGCGAGGACUCUGCCAAAAUGGACAUUGCGUGCUGUGGCUGGUACACCUGCUGGUUACUACCGUACGAGGAGAACUGGUCGGGCUCUGUGAAGACUUUCCAGCCGUACAGCACCACUCCUACACGUAUCCAAUGUUGGAACGGUGGUUGCGCGGGUGAUAAACUCGGUUACGGGUCUGACAGUUUGGUUGGUCCUUGCCCUUCUUCGUAAUUCUCUCGCCCCGCGUGUAAAGUUAUUGCACCAAUCACAAUAAUUACGACGCGUUCAGCGGGAAGUCUUUAAUAGAAUCCUAUUAAAUUAAUAAUUAAAUGCGUUCU